AUGAGCAUCAUAAAAACCAAUGUUUCCUCACUCAGGGCUGGCGUAUUCAAGGAUUAUCCAAUGUCACUGAACAGGUUGGACUUUGAUAACAAUUUGUUAAGUACGAUAGAAAUUGGAGCUCUGGAUGGAUUGACAAAUCUGACAGUCCUUGACAUUGCCAGCAACCCACUGGAAACACUGGAUGUUGGGGUCUUUGACAACCUUCCACAGCCAACGAAUCUUUACCUCACCACAAACAAGAUCGAGAAACUAGAAAAAGGAUUAUUUGAUAAACUUUUCAAAUUAGUGGAAUUGCGGUUGUUUGGAAACAGAAGGGAGUUGCCGGAUGGAAUAUUUGACAAGCUUACACAGCUGCAGAAACUUCACCUGGAGCUGUCUUUGGUAAAGAAUAAAAUUUCACAUCUCCCAUUUGACAUUUUUUCAAAGCUUAACAAGUUAGAAAAGUUGUACGUGGGAAAUAACGUCAUCACAGAAGUUCCUGAGCAGCUGUUGACCAAUUUGACAAAGCUAACUCGCCUGAGACUAGAGUCCAACUUGCUCUCAAAUCUUCCUGGCAAUUUAUUUGCAUCAACGCCAGCCCUCAAAGAACUUUGUUUGACUGAAAACCAAUUGCUUGCUCUUGCUGAUGAUGUCUUCAGUAAAGUGCCCAUCCUGACGAAGCUGGAACUGAACAAGAACCAGAUCACGUUUAUUGGAAAGAAACUUUUCCGUGGCCUCACACAUUUGAGCGAACUUAAUCUCCAAGGAAACAAAAUCAGUGUGCUGCACAGUGAAGCUUUUAAAGAUUUAUCUAAAUUGAAGAAGCUGAAUCUUGCUAAUAACCUUUUGUCUAAUAUACCUAAUGGAGUCUUUGACAAUUUGACAUCGCUGUCUCCCUCUGGUCUCAAUCUGCUGAAUAAUCAUCUUGUUUGUGACUGUCAGUUGAAAUAUCUCAGAGAUUGGAUCAAACGGAACGUACGCAAGGUGAAGUCAGCCAACAAGUUGCUGUGUCACAGUGCUGCUCAUGUCAACAUGAUGGUUAUUGAUGCAAGCGAUGAUGACCUGAACUAUGUGAUGACAACAGCCUCAACCACCACUCCACACGUUCCCACACCGACAAGGAUAAUGUCUUCCAAAUAUGUGCUGUGUGUUAUAGUUUUAACACUGCUCUGUGUCUGUGGACAUUGCUCUCUGGAUUGUGGGUUCCAUUCUGAGGUCUUCGUGUGUAAUGGAGAAUCCAUGAUAGAGAUGCCAGCCCACAUCCCGUCUAACACAACGGAAAUGAACAUCAUGAAAACCAAAGUUUCCACACUCAGGGCUGGCGUAUUGAAGGAUUAUCCAAUGUCACUGAACAGGAUGGACUAUGAUAACAAUUUGUUAAGUACGAUAGAAAUUGGAUCUCUGGAUGGAUUGGCAAAUCUGACUGUCCUUGACAUUGCCAGCAACCCACUGGAAACACUGGAAGUUGGUAUCUUUGAGAACCUUCCACAGCUGACGGAUCUUUACCUCACCAGAAACAAGAUCGAGAAACUAGAAAAGGGAUUAUUUGAUAAACUUACCAAAUUAGUGCAAUUGCGUUUGCUUGGAAACGGAAUAAGGGAGUUGCUGGAUGGAAUAUUUGAUGAGCUUACACAGCUGCAGAACCUUCACCUGGGUACAAACAAGAUCCAGCAUCUAUCACCACAAACAUUUCACAAACUUGCUCAACUCCAGAUUCUCAAACUUUCCUAAAUUAAGAUCACUGAUCUCCCAGUGGGUAUUUUUGACAAUCUCCUAGAAUUAACUGAGCUGUCUUUGGCAAAGAAUAAAAUUUCACAUCUCCCAUUUGACAUUUUUUCAAAGCUUAACAAUUUAGAAAAGUUGUACGUGGGAAAUAACGUCAUCACAGAAGUUCCUGAGCAGCUGUUGACCAAUUUGACAAAGCUAACUCGCCUGAGACUAGAGUCCAACUUGCUCUCAAAUCUUCCUGGCAAUUUAUUUGCAUCAACGCCAGCCCUCAAAGAACUUUGUUUGACUGAAAACCAAUUGCUUUCUCUUGCUGACGACAUCUUCAGUAAAGUGCCCGUCCUGACGAACCUGGAACUGAACAAGAAUCAGAUCACGUUUAUUGGAAAGAAACUUUUCCGUGGCCUCACACAUUUGCGUGAACUUAAUCUCGAGGGAAACAAUAUCAGUGUACUGCACAGUGAAGCUUUUAAAGAUUUAUAUAAAUUGAAUCUUGCUAAUAACCUUUUGUCUAAUAUACCUAAUGGAGUCUUUGACAAUUUGACAUUGCUGUCUCCCUCUGGACUCAAUCUGCUGAAUAAUCAUCUUGUUUGUGACUGUCAGUUGAAAUAUCUCAGAGAUUGGAUCAAACGGAACGUACGCAAGGUGAAGUCAGCCAGCAAGUUGCUGUAUCAUAGUGCUGCUCAUGUCAACAUGAUAGUUAUUGAUGCAAGCGAUGAUGACCUGAACUGUGUGAUGACAACAGCCUCAACCACCACUCCACACGUUCCCACACCGACAACUCAAUUGUCAACAGAACCACCUCGAGAACCGACCACCACACAAGUCUCAACGUCUGUAGUGACGACUGCACUAACCACCCACAGUACCACACAACCCACCACCACACCUGUAGUGACGACUGUAUUAACCACCACCCAACCCACCACCACACCUGUUACGACUGUACUAACUACCACAACCCACCACCACACCUGUAGUGACGACUGUACUAACUACCACACAACCCACCACCACACCUGUAGUGACGACUGUACUAACUACCACAACCCACCACACCUGUUACGACCGUACUAACUACCACACAACCCACCACCACACCUGUUACGACUGUACUAACUACCACACAACCAACCACCACACCUGCGAUGACUGUACUAACCACCCACACUACCACACAACCCACCACACCUGUAGUAACUACUGUAUUAACCACUACACAACCCACCGCACCUGUAGUGACAACUGUAUCAACCACCCGUAGUACUACACAACCCACCACACCUGUGACGACUGCACUAACUACCACACAACCCACCACCACACAUGUGACGACUGUACCAACCACCCGUAGUACUACCCAACCCACCACCACACCUGUAGUAACGACUGUACUAACUAUUACACAACCCACCAUCCCACCUGUUACGACUGUACUAACCACUACACAACCCACCACCACACAUGUGACGACUGUACUACCAUUACACAACCCACCACACCUGUGACUGUAUUAACCACUACACAACCCACCACCACACCUGUGACAACUGUACUAACCACCCCAACUACCCCAGAACCAACGAGCA